AUGCGCCUCACGGCACAGCGGAUUUACGACCAUACGAUUGAGUUCGAAUUCGAAAGUGACAAGUAUGAUGAGGCCAAUCCACUGGUCCUUCCAGGCAAACGGAACAAAACAGCUCGUGAAUUGCAGAAGAAAAAGGAGAUCAAACAAACAGAGGCUACACAGGCAAAAGUUUUGUCGAGGAAAAAGCGGAAGGAAUUAGAGCGUAAAAUUGCUCAAAAACAGAAAAAAUUAACGCGUGCUGAGUUAUGGAAAGAACUGGAAGCAUAUGCACCAACUGUGAACGAGCCGAAGGUGUCUGUUCUGCCGCUGUUCAACAGAACCAAGAAGCCCGCCAAAACGAAGGACGACACGGAUGAAUAUAGCACAGAUGAAGAAAUGGAGGAAGAUAAAUCUGAAGAAAAAAUCACACCUGAAAACCUCCCCACUGUCCUCAAACCCUCUGGAGUAUCCGAUCCCCAAGGUAGUGAUAAUCGGGAAACGGAAGCAACGUCUGUGUCUCCCACCCAAUCUUCUGAGCAGGUGGUACCUUCGAAACCUCCCCAACCCGCUCGUUACGUGCUCGUCUCACGAACACCGGAGGUCACUGCGGCCAGACUAACUCUGCCGAUUAUUGCAGAUGAGGCGUCAAUCAUGGAGGCGAUUAGCGAACACGACUGUGUGAUUAUAUGCGGGGCAACUGGAUGUGGUAAGACCACGCAAGUUCCCCAGUUCCUCUACGAGGCUGGUUACACCAAGUAA